AUGGAGUUCAUCAAAGACUCUUCAAUUGGCCCUGGGAGCCCAGAGGAUGUGAGCAGCCUCUCAAGUACAUCAUAUCCAUCAACACCCAUCAAUGAAAAUGCCGUAACAACAGUCGUCGAAGAAGUCGCUUUACCUCGGUCGCCACCUGUCGUUGGUGAUCGCGAUGUGCAACAAGAGGCAGUCUUGCACGCUCGGGCCUACCAAACGGAAAUGCUCCAAGAGAGUCUCAAACAGAAUGUCAUUGUUGCUAUGGACACUGGUAGUGGAAAAACCCAAGUAGCAGUCCUUCGCAUGCAAGCUGAACUCGAGAGAUCAUCUCCGGACAAGAUUAUAUGGUUUCUUGCACCAACAGUUGCGCUGUGUUACCAGCAAUUCAACGUCAUCCGUUCUCAGAUUCCCAGAGUAGUGACCAAGAUGUUGAGCGGCAAAGACGGUCCCGAGACUUGGUCUUCUGCUCAAACAUGGGACAAGUUUUUGAACAAUGUCAGUAUCGUGGUGUCUACGCCACAGGUCCUCAGCGAUGCACUUCAACACGACUUUGUGCGAAUUGAUAGACUGUCACUAAUCGUCUUUGAUGAAGCCCACAACUGUACUGGCAAAUAUUCUGGAGUCAAAGUCAUGAAUGUCUAUUGGAAGAUCAAGCAGGCCGGUCUUCCAGUACCUUCCAUCCUGGGCCUCACGGCAAGUCCAGUGAUGAACAUAUCAAGGCAUGGGCUAGAAAUCAUUGAAAGAACCCUUGAUGCAGUCUGCAAGACCCCUAUGAAGCAUAGAGAAGAGUUGCUGGCCCAAGUCAGUCGCCCGGAACUGAUCUGUGUCUCGUACAAACUCAUAGAGGAAGCAGAGGCUACCAUCAGCACCGCAGCCAUGAACAGCGUACGCCACGUUCUCAUUGGCCUAGAUAUCAGGGAAGAUCCUUUCAUAUUGCGAAUGCUCCACGAGAAUACCGAACGGAGCCGAAACGAGCUCCUGAUUGCUGUACAGGGAAAUGAUACACCGUCCAUCAGGCAACUGACUUCACUUUACCGCAAGAGCGUCGAGAUUCGAAAGGAACUAGGUGCCUGGGCUGCCGAUUUCUUCGUCUUUACAGCAGUCAGCCAAUACUUGGAACAUGCAGCCAAGGGGGAGAUAUCCCACACCGCGUGGCACCUCGCCGAGAAGGACUACGUUGUUGGUGCCUUGAACAAAGUCCAGCUGCCUCAGUUGUGCACACCAGAUGAUUUGUUGAUAUCGGAUAAAGUUAAAAGACUCAUUACACGACUGAGCAAUUGCCCGGAAAAUACACUAGGCAUUAUCUUUGUCAAGGAAACAGCCACUGUCAGUGCAUUGCAUAAUCUUUUGUCCAAGCAUGCUGCGACUCGAGAUCGUUUCCGUAUCGGAACAAUGGUCGGAAUUUCCAGGAGCGUCGCAAGAAAGCGGGAGGUGGGAGAGAUUGACCGAGAAGAUAGCCUCCUUAAUCUGGAAAGCUUCCGAUCCGGACAUCUCGAUCUCCUGAUCGCCACGAGUGUAUUGGAAGAGGGCAUAGAUGUCCCAGCCUGCAAUCUCGUCAUCUGCUUUGACAGGCCUUCCAAUCUGAAAUCAUUCAUUCAGCGUCGCGGCAGAGCAAGGAUGAAGAAUUCCACCCUUCUGUUGUUCUGCGAAGAGGGCGGCGAUGCUCAGACCACAUGGGAAGAUCUCGAGCGGGAGAUGAAGAAGCAAUACGAAGCAGAGGAUCGAGAAAAGUUGGGACUCGCUGUUCUCGAGGAAAGUGAUGAUGCCUACGAGUACACUUUCUCCACUCGCAGCGGCAACGAGAUGGACAUUGACAGUGCCAAAGCGCAUCUCGAUCACUUUUGUGCCACCCUCUUCUCCAAACAGUUUGUCGACUGUAUGCCGUAUUAUCUGUUCGAGACGAUAUACACAACCGGCACAAAGCUCGAACCGCCCUUGUUCCGGGCCACGGUCGUAUUGCCCAACUCGCUACCGACUGAGCUACGCCGAAUGCAAAGUGCCAGUACCUGGUACUCUCAGAAAAAGGCCUGCAAGGACGCAGCAUUCCAGGCAUACAAAAAGCUGUACGAAGCAGGACUCGUCAAUGAGAACUUGUUGCCCUUCAAGGCCGAGGAGCUUGCAACAGGACCCGACAUACGGCUUCCAGAGGUAGAAGUCAGUGAGGUCUGGAAUCCUUGGCCCUCGGUCGCAAGAGCUUGGUCUCACGGUCCAAGGUACCGACAUACAGUUCGACUCUCAGACCACUGCCGUACAAUUUGUGAGUUUGAGCUAUAUGCUCCAACGCGGUUACCAUCAAUUCCUCCUUUCAACGUAUUCUGGAGUUCAGAGACCUGGAUGGUGGAGAUUGGACCAGCAUCUCCAAACACAGAUAUUGUGGACAAGCUUGGCGAAGAAACCAUGGGUCUGAUAUCUUUGGCUCUCGGUUAUCGCUCACCGGUGAAGGAAGGCGGACAACAUGUACUCAUGUUUCACUCAAAGUUGGACUCAUCUAAAGAAGAUCGUCACUUGUCUUUCGCUCAACUCGAAAACUGGUCAGCAGCGGAACCUUUGCCAUAUCUCAUCAGAAAUACCGCUAAUGGUGCGCCAUAUUUCUUUGAAAAGUGGCUAACCUCCAGACCCCCUGCUGAGAUUGUGCGGAAAAAGAUGCCUAAGUAUUACGAACGCAUCAUCGAAGAACAGGGUGGUGUUGAUGGACCAUGGCUUGCACUGAGACGCUGGCCGCGACGACAAGAUUUCUUACACAAGAUCCGACAAGAGCCAGCUCAGCCGACUUCUAGUAAGGCCUACCAGACUGUUUGGCCAGUCUCCUGCUGCCGGAUCGAGACGGCUCCUAUCCCACAUGUACAGUUUGGCGCAUUGAUACCGUCAAUUACACACAUGAUCGAAAUUUAUUCGGUGGCACAGGAUUUCUCGGAGAGGAUACUAAAGGAUCUUGGCUUUCAAGAUUUGUCAUUGGUCCUCACAGCAAUCAGCGCCUCGUCCGCUCGUGAGGCCACUGAUUACCAAAAGCUCGAGUUCCUUGGCGACGUGCUUCUGAAACUCCUGUCGACAAUCAGCGUUGCAGUUAAUCAUCCCCAAUAUCCCGAGGGCUACUUGUCAGUCAUGAGGACGAGGAUGAUAUCAAACACUAGACUUUGCCGAGCAACCAAGGACAGUGGCAUAGACAAAUUCAUCCUGACAAAAGAGUUUACUGGACAUAAAUGGAAACCGUUCUACGUGGAUGAGAUGGCUGUCACGGAAGAUGUCUCUGGCACCCGGCGCAUGUCAACAAAAGUCCUCGCUGAUAUUGUAGAGUCCCUUACCGGCGCAGCAUUCCUUGAUGGCGGGCAGGGGCCACGGGGAAUGGAAAAGUCGUUGGCUUGCCUUCGUAUGUUGAUGCCGGACAUUAAAUGGCACAGUAUGGACGAAGGCAGAAAUGUCUUGGCAUCCCUCAAGGAAGUGAAGAGCGAGCUCCCUUCCAACUUCCAGCUUUGCGAGAAGCUCCUUGGAUAUUCCUUCACCAACAAGACUCUGCUCAUUGAGGCACUCACUCAUGGCUCGUAUAAUCUGGGCUCGUCGGACGAUCGAUCAUACGAGAGGCUCGAAUUCAUUGGAGAUGCGAUCUUGGAUUAUAUUGUUGUUCUCAAGUUAUGGGAGAGAGACUUGCCGCAGAGCCUCAUGUCCCCAUUGCGCGCAGCCUGCGUCAACGCCGAUCUGAUUGGCUUCUUGGGCAUGGAAUGGAGCAUACCGCAAGAGACCAGCGAGGUUGUAGACCGGAAGCCCGUAUCGUCAACCAUGGAAAUCCCCUUUUGGAAAUUUAUGCGCCACGCCUCGUCCGAGGUGGGCGCCCUGCAAAAGGAUGCAGAGAAGCGACGUGGCCUAGAAAGGGGACCCAUCAUGGACGCCAUUGAAAACUCAUCCACGUACCCAUGGGCACUCCUCGCCCAUCUACACAUUCCCAAGUUCUUUUCCGACAUUUUCGAGUCCAUCAUGGGUGCCGUGUGGCUGGACUCGGGCGACCUAAGGGACUGCGCGGCCAUUGUGGAGCGCAUUGGUAUUCUGCCGUAUCUCGAGCGCAUCCUGGACCAAGGAAUUGAUGUGUUCCAUCCCAAGAACAAGCUGGGCGAAAUUGCCGAGCAGAAAAAGGUCGAGUACCGGGUCGAGAUACAACAGGGAGGAGGGACCCAGCUGAGCUGCAAGGUGUACGUGGGGGACGAAAUGGUUGUCGAGGUUGGCGAGGGCUUGAACAAGGACGAGAUUAUCACAAAGGCGGCUGAGAAGGCCUACAUGAUUUUGAAAGCACGGAAAGACGGCAAUGUUGGGAUCAACGUAGAUUCAAUGGAUAUUGAUCAGUAG